GGAGGAGGAAGCGCGGCGGGGCGGCGGCGGCGGCGGGACCUGCGGGGCGGCCGGGGCCAUGGGUCGCCUGCACUGCACGCAGGACGCGGUGCCCGAGGCCGUGGGCGGCGACAUGCAGCAGCUGAACCAGCUGGGCGCGCAGCAGUUCUCAGCCCUGACAGAAGUAAUUUUCCACUUCCUAAUCGAGCCCAAAGAGGUGGAAAGGUUUCUGGCUCAACUGUCUGAAUUUGCCACCACCAAUCAGAUCAGUCUGGGCCCUCUCAGAAGCAUCGUGAAAAGCCUCCUCCUGGUUCCCAAUGGUUAUGCCGGUCAAAUACUUGUUGCAGCAGAUUCAUUCUCGCCCUGUCUUCCCUGCCUCCCAGGUGCCUUGAAGAGGAGUCUCACAGCUGAGCAGGUCCGGGCGGAUUUCGUAACUCUGGGCCUCAGUGAGGAGAAAGCCACUUACUUUUCUGAAAAGUGGAAACAGAACGCCCCCACCCUUGCUCAGUGGGCCCUGGGGCAGACCCUGAUGAUUAACCAGCUUAUGGACAUGGAGUGGAAGUUUGGAGUGACAUCUGGAAGCAGUGAAUUAGAAAAAGUGGGCAGUAUUUUUUUACAAUUAAAGUUGGUGGUUAAAAAAGGAAAUCAAACUGAAAAUGUGUACCUAGAAUUAACCCUGCCCCAGUUCUACAGCUUCCUGCACGAGAUGGAGCGAGCCAGGACCAGCAUGGAGUGUUUGAGCUGAUUUCUGUCUGCCUUCCCUUCCCUGGUGACUGCUUUCAAGGCACCUUCCUCUGGCCCUGGGCUCUCCAGGUGGCCCUGCUGGCUCUUGGGAGUGCAGGUGUACAGAGGCUUCUGAAAAACAAUGGGAUUAAGUACUUACAGAGCCCAGCCCUGAGAGUCGCCCAGAACAGCACCACCACCCAUCUCCAGACAAGUUUUAGAUACCAACAGGCUACUGACUACACCUCAGAUUUGGGUGGGGGGGAGGCCUCAUCUCCCCACCAAAGUUCCACAGUAAAGAAAUGGUACCUGGGGGCCAGGGUUGUGGCUCAAGUGAUACAGCACUUGCCUAGCACACAUGAGGCACUGGGUUUGAUCCUCAGCAUCACAUAAAAAUAAUAUAGAUAUUGUGUCCACCUAAAACCAAAAAAUAAAAUAUUUUAAAAAUUGAAAAAAAGAAACGGUAUCUGGGCUAAAUAAAGACAUAAAAAAAAAAAAAAGAAAUGAUGCCAUAACUAGAAAUAAACACUCAACAGCAACUCAAGAGGCUGAGGCAGGAGGAUCACAAGUUUAAGGCCAAACUCAGCAACUUAGUAAGACCCUAUCUCAAAAAAAAUUAAAAGCAGGGGGCUGGGGCUGUGGCUCAGUGGUAGAGCUCUUGCCUAGCAUGUGUGAGGCCCUGGGUUCGAUUCUGCGCCACAUAUAAACAAAUAAAUAAAAGAUCCAUUGACAACUAAACUAUUUUAAAAAUAAAAUGGGCUAGGGAUGUAAUUCAGUGGUAAAGCACCCCUGGCACCCCUGGGUUUAAUCCCCCAUACUUAAAAAAAAAGGCGACAUGCUAAUUACCCUCCCCCCACCCAAAGCAGAAGCAGAUUGCACAGGUGACUGACAGAGAGGGCUCUGUAUGUCUUUGUUUAUUUGGGAUCUAGCUGACCACCUGUGUUGGUUAGAUGAUAAAUAAUACAGGUUCUGAAGAAAAGGUCUAAGUCCUAUUUUUUUAAAGAAUUUUUUUAUAUACAUUUAUUUUGUUUAUUUUUAUAUGGUGCUGAGGAUCAAACCCAGGGCCUCGCACGUGCUACCUAAGUUGGACUGCUUAGGUUCCUAUACUGGCCCUUCUGCCUGAGCACUCUAUCUCUGAGCCCCAGCCCUAAAUCCAGUUUUCUUUGUGCAUGGAUUAAAAACUCAUCUGCUUUGCAGAGAGCUAAGGCCUUCCCUAGCCAGGCACAGUGGUUUAUGCCUAUGAUCCCAGCCACUCCCGAGGCUGAGGCAGGAGGAUGGCACGUUUGAAGGCAGCUUCCACAAUGAAGCAAGGCCCUAAGCAGCUUAGUGAGACCUGUCUCAAAAACAAGGGGGCUAGGGCUGGGGCUCAGUGGCCGAGUACUUGCCUAGCAUGUGUGAGGCACUGGGUCUGAUCCCCAGCAUCACAUAAAAAAGCUAAACAAAAUAAAUGUAUUGUGUCCAUCUACAACUAAAAAAUAAAGAAAAUAAUAAAAAGGGCUAA